AUGUUUGCAUCAGCUUCUUGUUCAAUCCAAGAAUCUAACCCCAAGAAACGAAGCCUUGGAAUGGCCGGAUUGGGUUCAUUUUCUACCGCCGAUGAUGGUCGUACAGUUCUUUCUUAUGCAUCGAAAACUAGCCCUAUAACCAGAACAACUCCUUGCGCCAAUGGAUUGAUGCCACAAACCAAUAUCUAUUUUGAUUGUGGUACAGAAAACAUUGUCAUCUCUGCAAGUGAAGAUACAACCAAUUGUUAUUACAAUUUCGAAAUGGCUGGUCCUGCAGCCUGUGCACAACCAUCUUUUACAGCAGAUUCAACAUCCUCUUCACCAAAUCAUCAUAAAUCAGAUUCAUCAUCGCUACUUAAAACGACAUCAUUCUCUUUGUGGUUACAAGUGUCUCUUUCAGUACUACUUGUUCUAUCGGUUAUUGGCCACCUAUAG